GGUCUAUUGAGCACAAAUUGUUUGUUGCAUCACUGAAUAAGCAAGCAACUGCAAAGGAGAUUGAAGAGAUUUUUGCUCCUUUUGGUCAUGUGGAAGAUGUUUACAUUAUGAAAGAUGGCAUGAGGCAGAGCCGAGGCUGUGGUUUUGUUAAAUUCUCAUCAAAAGAACCUGCACUUGCAGCCAUGAAUUCUCUUAGUGGGACUUACAUAAUGAGGGGGUGCGAGCAACCAUUAAUAGUUCGAUUUGCUGAUCCGAAGAGGCCUAGACCUGGAGAAUCAAGGGGUGGCCCUGCAUUCGGAGGUCCUGGUGUCAGUUCUCGAUCUGAUGCAGCACUAGUUAUCAGGCCGACUGCCAAUCUUGAUGAGCAAAUAGGUCGACACAUGCCUCCUGACAGUUGGCGCCCUUCAAGCCCAAGCUCAAUGGCACCUCAUCAGUUUAAUAACUUUGGGUCUGACAAUUCUAUGGGCCUGAUGGGCGGCCCUGUUACAUCAGCAGCAGAUAAUGUUACUUUUCGGCCUCAGAUGUUUCAUGGGAAUGGUUCUUUGUCAAGUCAGACAGCUGUGCCGACAUCAUCUCAUAUGGGCAUAAAUCCUUCCUUGUCACAAGGGCAUCAUCUAGGUGGGCCACAGAUCUCGCCCUUGCAAAAGCCAACUGGCCCACCGCAGAAUUUCCCUGUACAGUUGCAGAAUGCUCAGCAAGGGCAGCUUCAUGCCUCACAAUCCUUGGGGCCUGGUUCUUUUGGCCAGAAUAUACCAACUAUGCAAUUACCUGGCCAGCUCCCUGUGUCACAACCGUUGACGCAGCAAAAUGCUUCUGCAGGCGCUCUACAGGCGCCUUCAGCUGUACAGUCCAAUCCCAUGCAAGCUGUUCCUGGACAACAGCAACUUCCUUCGAAUGUAACACCGCAAAUGCUGCAGCAGCCUGUCCAGCAGAUGCUGUCACAAGCACCACAGUUGCUACUCCAACAGCAGCAGGCAGCUAUACAGUCCAGUUAUCAAUCUUCACAGCAGACGAUUUUUCAGCUUCAGCAACAGCUGCAGCUACUGCAGCAGCAGCAGCAGCACCAGCAGCAACCUAACUUAAAUCAGCAGCCACAUACGCAAGUUCCUAAGCAACAGGGACAGCCGGUGCAAUCUAAUACCCCUGGUGCUCCGGCUGCCAUGAUGACGACAAAAAUAAAUGCAAUUCCACAGCAGGUCAAUUCGCCUGCAGUUUCUUUAACUUGCAAUUGGACCGAACAUACCUCACCGGAAGGUUUUAAAUAUUACUAUAAUAGCAUAACUCGAGAGAGUAAGUGGGAGAAGCCUGAAGAAUAUAUACUGUAUGAGCAGCAGCAGCAGCACCAGAAACUUAUUUUACUUCAACAGCACCAACAAAAGCUUGUUGCGCAGCAACUUCAGUCACCUCCUCAGGCUCAAACUAUUCCGCCUAUGCAAUCUAUGCAACACCAUCCCCAGUCACAGCAAGGACAUAACCAAAUGCAGAUGAAACAGCAGGAUUUGAAUUAUAAUCAGUUACAGGCAACUGGCACGAUUGAUCCCAGUAGGAUUCAGCAGGGAAUUCAAGCUGCUCAAGAGCGUUCUUGGAAAAGUUGACUGCAGGUGGACGAAUGACGUGUCAGCCAAGACUCCAGUCUCAGGAAUGAGCUCCAGCAAAACCUGCCGCUUCCGUCUGUGACAGUGUUUUUUGCCUUCGCGCGGAUGGCCAUGUUGACUCUUGCGGUCAUUGUAACUCUGAAUUUAGCUUAGAUUAGUGCCUAGAUUGUAGAUCCUAUGUGUGUAAAAUGUUUGCAGUCUAGGCCUUGUAUCGCUGUAACAUUGCCGAUUAGAAUGGCAGCUGUGAAUCGCUGUAACAUUCCGUGUUUUUAUUUACCUUUUUUAUGGCCAGAAUUGAUGUCCUCA